GAGGAGAUGUUUAAGCUCUCAUCCAUGGAUCCUACACAUGCCGCUUUGGUGAAUAAAUUCUGGCAUUUUGGUGGCAAUAAGAGGAGCCAGAGAUUCAUCGAGCGCUGUAUCCGGGCCUUCCCCACCUUCUGCCUGCUGGGGCCCAAGGGGACCCCUGCGUCCUGGUCCCUGAUGGACCAGGCGGGAGAGAUCCGGAUGGGGGCCACCCUGCCCAAGUACCGGGGCCACGGGCUCAUCUCCCACAUGCUGGCUGUCCACACCCGGGCUCUGGACCAGCUCGGCUUCCCUGUGUAUAACCACACACACAAAGCCAACAAAAUCAUACAGAGAAUCAGUGACAACCUGCAUCACAUCGCCAUCCCCCGUGGUUGGAACCAGUGGAACUGCGUGCCCCUGUGAAGCGGGUCCCCACCCGAGACAGCACUGGGUGUUCUGGACACGUGGCCAGAGGGGCAGAGGGCUGGGCGGAAAGGAAGACUGAACCGUCAUCAGAGGAGGAGCUAAGAUGGCAGAGGAAUAGGACAGGGAGACCACUUUCUCCCCUACAAAUUCAUCAAAAGAACAUUUGAAUGCUGAGCAAACUCCACAAAACAACUUCUGAUCGCUAGCAGAGGACAUCAGGCACCCAGAAUAGCAGCCCAUUGUCUUUGAAAGGAGGUAGGACAAAAUAUAAAAAAUAUAAAGAGAGACAAAAGAGUUAGGGAUGGAGACCUGUUCCUGGAAGGGAGUCUUAAUAGAGGAAGUUUCCAAACACCAGGAAACCCUCUCAUGGGCGGGUCUGGGGGAAGUUUUUGAAUCUUGGAGGGCAACCUAACAGGGAGGAAAAAUAAAUAAAACCCACAGAUUACAUGCCUAAAAGCAACUCCCAGCAGAAAAGUACCCCAGACGCCCACAUCCACCUCCAGCAAGUGGGGGCAGAAUGGAGAGAAGCAGGCAGCAUUGCUUAGGGUAAGGACCGGGCCCAAAUGCCCUGAGGGCAAUUGGAGGGAGCUAACGUGAGAUUGCAACUUAAACUGUGGGAUAGCAAGAGAGAGAGAGAAAAUUAACCGGCCCGAACACACUGCUGGCCGUUUGCAAAACAAAGGGACUGAGCAAUUCCAGAGAAGAGCUAGCCAGUGGCGGACCGGCCCAUCCCCGCCGGAGGCAGGAGGCAGGGGGGAGGGGAAAGGGGCAAACUCGGCCGCAGAGAUGGCAUCCCUACCAGACUGCAAACAGGCCUCCAGCUUCUAACCAAAGACUUCCUGAGAUUCUGGAUGGUCGACAUCCGCCGGGAGGAUCGCGACUAGAGGCCAGUUCCCCAGAACAGUUACAAGGUACACCGGACUGGCUCGGGUGGAAACCGAGGCUGGGACCGCGGAGGGGAGAAGGCACCCUGCACCCGGGGAGAGUGCACCCGUCAAGCUCCUGGCUGCCUGAGCUGCUCGGGCGGGGAAGGCACAGAACGCAGGCCCAACCGAGUCCGCGCUUUUGUGGAGAACCCGAAAACUGGAACCGCACGCAACGCAGGGCACGCUCCAUAUAGAGCAGCCGGGAGCCUGAGCAGUGUAGAGGGGAGAGCACACACCCGUGAGAGGGGGCAAACCCAGUGUGGCCGGAACACGGUGAGUGCUCCCCACACACAGCGAUAUCUGCCUCCAGCGCCCCGCCCUCCCCGCAGCAGGACUGAACUAGCAAACCUGAACAAGAGACCACCUCCGCCCGCCUGUGUCAGGGCGGAAAUUAGACACUGAAGAGACUGGCAAACAGAAGCCAAUAAACAAAGGGAACCACUUCAGAAGGGACCUGUGCGACAGAUUAAAAUCCCUGUAGGUAACACCGACUACACCGGAAGGGGCCUAUAGAUAUCGAGAAGUGUAAGCUGGAAUGAGGAGCUAUCUGAAACUGAGCCGAACCCACACUGACCACAACAGCUCCAGAGAAAUUCCUAGAUAUAUUUUUACUACUAUUAUUAUUUUUUUAAUUAAAUUUUUUUCUUUUUUUUAAAAGUCCUCUAUUACUCCUCUAUUA